AUGUACACAAACCAGGAACUACAUCAGUCUUUACAUAAUUCAAACAUAGGUCUCAUUCUUCUUCAUAAUAGGGAUUCAAGAAAGAAAACGAAGAGGUUUGCCAUACCUAAAGAUGUUCCAAGGGGACAUUUGGCAGUGCAUGUAGGUGAUGAUUACAAGAGGUUUGUGAUAAAGCUGAGUUUGCUUAAACAUCCGAUCUUCAAAGCAUCGCUUGAUCAAGCUCAAGAUGGUUAUGAUUUCAGUUCUGACUCAUCAAGACUAUGGAUCCGUUGCGAUAAAAACACUUUCCUCGAUGUUGUUAGUUGCAGUGGAGCUCCUCAGCAUCAAAGGAACUGCAUUGGCAUGUACUUGUAA